AUGAGGUCGGAAAGUCCAGUGUGCCGGAUUGCACAGUUGUCGGAUUGGACAGUGGGCACUGUAAUAGCAAAUAUUAAAGAGGAAAUGUCAACAAAAGGAUCUGCAUCAUCAGUGGAUUAUCUCUCCUGGCACAUUUUUAGCAUUUGGCAUACUGGAAUUUUGGAUUACGUUGAGUAUUAUUCUGACCUAAUAAAAGAAUUGAGGUCUCAUGGAAGAUGUGGAGUGGAAGGGGAAUUCAGUCAGCUUCUAAUAUUCUUCAACAAGAUAUUCCUGUUGAAUGCUAUGAGAGGAGAUGCUUUACCGACAAUGCAAAUGAUGGUUGAUGGAGUAGUUAGAACUAGUGUUCCAGAUCUGAGAUACAGGUUACAGGGGGAAUGUCACAGUGGUUUUAAAAGUAAUUCAUCUCUACUGACAGUGACUGUAGGAGAGGUGAAGAGGUGGUUGCUUUCACAUGAUGAAAAAACUACCGCUGAUUUCAAUAUCAGAAACUUGAAGUUUACAGGCCAGUCUUUAGAGAGCUUGUUAGGGGGGCAUGGAGGAGAGCUCUAAGUGGAAUAGAGAAAGUCUGCUUUACAAGAUACAAAUUUUUUGCUUAAACAUCAUGGUUAG